AUGUGUUAUCUUCUAUCUUUCUUUCAAUUGGAAUGUUCUCAUGAUAAAUUCGUUAUUUUCUUUCUGCUUAAUUUAAUUCUUUCUUUCUUUAAAUUUCUUUCAUUUAUUUCUUUCUUCUUUAUUUCAUUCUUUUUUCUUUCCAUUAGAAGUUCUCGUGAUUUAUUCGCCAUUUUCUUUCUGCUUAAUUUAAUAAUUUCUUUCUUUAAAUUUCCUUUUUCUGCUUCAUUUUUUUUCUUUUUCUUCUUUCAUUCACUUAUAUUUUUCUUUAUAAUUUUAAGUUCUCUAUAUAAUUUCAUCAAUUUUGUCCUGUUUCAUUUUACUUUCUUUCCUUUAAAAAUUUUCUUUCUUUUCUUUUUCUUUUUAUUAGCGUUUUGUCUUUAUAAUUUAAUCACUUUCUUUCUGUUUAAUGUAUUUUUCAUUCUGUUUAUUUGUUUCUUUCUUUCUUUCAUUCUUUCAUAUUUAUUUUUCACUCCUAUAUCUUAUGUCUUAAUUAUUUCUUUCUAUAUUUUGUCACUUUCUUUCUUUCUUUCUUUCUUUCUUUCUUUCUUUCUUUCUUUCUUUCUUUCUUUUACUUUCCCGUCCUUCAUUUCAUUUCUUUUUAUUCAUAUUUUUACUUCUUUGUUUUCAUUUCCAAUUUCUCAUUUACUCUGUUACUGCCUCUUUUUUUUUCAUUCACUCAUUAUUUUUAUCUUCCAUUUCCUCUUUUGUUCUUAG